GCACAUCCAGUUUUGCGAUUUUCCUCCGAGCCAUGGAGCUUUCUGUGCAAACCAUCAUUGCGCUGCAGACAGCGCUUCUGAUUUUCCUCCAGUUCGGGGACAAGGCAUUGCCUUCUCUUUUUGCUGCACGCAAGGCGUGCCAUGCCGGCAGUGGCGCCCUCAUGCUGCUGCUGGACUCCCGAGAUCCCUUGGCCAGGGGAUUCAUCUACCUGGUAGUUGCCUCAUCCCUGGCCAUGACCUGGCGCUUGGUCCCGAAAUGGGUGCCCAGCUUCCGCUUCGGGGAUGUCUACGACGUAGGAAUCUCGGUGUACCUCGUCAUCGUUGCUUUUUGGUUCUACAUGCAGCAGCCCGUGGGGGCUCUGGCCCCCCUCUUCUUCGCCGAUCCCGCCGGCGCCGUGGUGGGCAAGUUCUGCUCCAAGAGGGGCUGCAAUCGCGCCUGGUGGGAGAACAAGACUAUUAUGGGGACGCUAGCAGUCUUCCUGGUGGCCUAUGCUAGUCUGGAUGUGCCUGAUUUCGCCGGGCGUGUGUUGCUGGCGCUCGUAUGCGCGCUCGCAGAAGCCUUCGGAGGCAAGACCUUCGACAACGCCGUCAUCGCGGUCCCGGCGCUGAGCGGCUGGGCAGCCCUGGCCUGACUUGGAGCCCAUCUCGAGGUCUAUUACCAUGGAUGGGCCUGAGAGGAGGCUGCUGCUCCCCGUUAGCACAGCUCAGUCGCAGCCAAGAGGCUGGUGAUGGCAUCACCUGGUGUAUGUGGAGCGCAUGGGCCCG